AUGAUGCACCCACUCUUCAGUGGGCAACCCACCGGAUCCCUGCCCGUACCACACCCUCACGAUACCAUGGUCGACGAACUUUCGAGGCAGAUGGCUAUUUCCCAAGCCGCCAGGAGGCUCUCGAGAGGAUCGACUGGCCAACGCUCCGGGAAUGCCAUGCGUGUCGUGAAGCCAACCAGCGCCAACAACAGCCCCCGAUCCUCUGGCAUGAUGGCUCGGAGGAAGACGCUUAUGAACGACGGUAACGCCCAACGUCGACGGCAACAGGCCCUGGAACAAGCUUCUUUGUUCUACGGCAUUGAGCAACAACAACCCGCCAAGCGAUCUUCACGGCCAGUCAGCUGGCACCCAAACACUUAUGGUCAACAACUCCAGCCUCAACUUCAGCAACCGAUGUAUCCUGUAUCAACAGCCAACCUGUACGCCAGUCAACAGGACAUGUACGCCAGCUACCCUCACCUGUCACCGAUGCUUGGGUCACACUCAUGCAACACCUCGCCUUCUUCCGCCUUCUCUCCUCUAUCACUUCCAUACCAAGGCGUGGACAACGUGCCAUUUCUGCCCACCGACGAGACGGGCUUGGCGGCGCCAGCCACUGUGCCCUAUCCAUCCAUGGCCGCUCCUCGACUUGCCCAUGAUGGCUACUCUACGGCUGACGAUGUUGCUGCCGAGAAUAUGUCAUACACCAACGGAUGGGACUGGAACACGUUCAUCAUGCACGGGUUCAACAGCACGUCCCCACCUACACCUGAGGCAUUCCCACAGGCACAGCACUCGCAGCCAGCCAUGUCUGAAGAGGCCAUCCCCUACCAGGCACUGGACGAGUCGGAAGAAGAGGGCGAGAUCCUUGUUGGCAUGGGACUAUAUGAUACUCCCGACAAGUACGAGGAGGACCCGCAACUCAACAACUAUCGAUCCACGGUGUCUUCGCUUCUAGGAUCCACUUUCCGCAGCUACGAGCCCAAGGGCAAAGGCUUGAAGCUGGAGGAGACGUGGGAGCCACCCAAGUCGGAUGAGGAUGAGGAAGACGAUGACGAGGACGAGGAAGUCGAGGAGGAUGAACAGGAGUAG